AUAAAUAUAUGCACAGGUACAUAAUUGAAAUGCUGUCACUUUUACUGACUACAUAUUGAGGACCGGAAUACUUUUUUUUUUUUUUUUACCAACAGUUAGGACAUUUUCGGCAGGUGAGGACAUUUCGGAUGGUCCUCACUUUUUCAAAGGGCUGCCUAAGGGUUAAGAGUUCGUUUUAGGGUUACUUUAGACAUUUAGUUGUGAAAGUUAAGGUUUAUGCGUGUCCCCACAAAGACAGAAGUACGCGCGUGCGCGCGUGUUUGUGAGAGAGACGAAGGAAGGACGAACGAAACCGUGAAACUGCUGGCUUCAGAUUCAGAGCUCCCGUGUUAACGCUGCUGCUAGUGCAAUUAUGAGCAGAGAUGGAAAACAUGACGGGUGAUUUCUUUUCCUCGUUAUGCGGCCAGAUAUUCACCUCAUGUCCGCACGAGUACUUCGGAUUACUACAGUCAUCUCUAUCCAAAAAAGAAACACACACACAAAAUACACAGCGUGGGUAUGAAAGACGGAAGAAUGGAGCCGUUUUUCUGUGAGACAAUGGAGCAGAUCAACAGCCAGAAGCUUGAUAUAACAAUCAGCCCUUGAGCAAGGUUAUAAAAGGCUUUUAUCUCCAGACUGUUCUUUUUCCCCUGCCCCUCUACCUUACCUCCACCCUACAUUCUUCUCGGUCUCUUCUCUUCUGUAUAUCCUUGACUUUUUGUUUCUUAUUUAUCUUCUUUUCAUUGAGACUUUUUAUACUUUGCUACAUGCUGCUUUACUCUAUAUCGCUUUUUUUCUUCUUUCUCCAUACCUCACACAAACCUAUUUCAGUAUCUGGAUUUUCACCAUGAGGAAACCAACUCGUCGUGUCUUGCUGGCCUGCGUGGUCUUCAGCUCCAUCACAAUCUUUUAUCUCAGCCUUAGUGCCAUGGAAUGCCCACACUCCCAGUCUAGGCCCAGUGCUUGGGCUGUAUGGGCAGCUAACCAGCGUCUGGGCAAGAACCUCAGUUACUCGCUGCCUAUUCCUCUAGAAUAUAGUGAAGACACUCCUCUGAUUUUUGUUGGUGGUGUCCCUCGUAGUGGCACUACUCUAAUGCGAGCCAUGCUGGAUGCCCAUCCUGAGGUGCGCUGUGGAGAGGAGACACGCGUCAUCCCCCGCUUGUUAGCCAUGCAGGCUAGCUGGAGCCGCUCACCUCGUGAGAGGACUCGCUUAAUCGAGGCUGGCGUCACAGACGAGGUCCUGGACUCUGCUGUCCGUUCCUUCCUCCUAGAGAUCAUUGUGGGUCACGGUGAACCGGCCCCACGCCUCUGUAACAAGGACCCUUUUGCUCUGAAGUCUCUUGUGUACCUCUCCAAACUCUUUCCACGUGCCAAAUUUGUGCUGAUGCUGCGUGAUGGAAGGGCCACGGUUCAUUCCAUGAUAUCACGCAAGGUGACCAUCACAGGAUUUGACCUGACGAGUUACCGGGACUGUCUAGUGAAAUGGAACCGAGCAGUGGAGGUCAUGUAUGAACAAUGCCAGACUGCGGCCAAGGGGAGCUGUCUGCCUGUGUACUAUGAACAGCUGGUGUUAAAUCCAGAGGAAGUGAUGCAAAAGCUCCUUCAGUUCCUGGAGCUGCCCUGGGAUCAGGCUGUACUACACCAUGAGCAGCUGAUCGGGAAAGCUGGAGGAGUGUCACUUUCUAAAUUGGAACGGUCAACCGACCAAGUCUUCAACCCAGUGAACACACAAGCCCUGUCUAAGUGGGUGGGACACAUUCCUGAUGAUAUAGUGAAGGACAUGGCUAGCAUAGCUCCCAUGCUGAAACGCCUGGGUUACAACCCUCUGGCUAACCCUCCAGACUAUGGCAAGCUUGAGCUCUUAUCCCUGCACAACAUGCAUCAGCAUAAAGAAGCUAAAGAAAAGACAGAUAUUUAUCAUCCUAGUUAAUCUAUUAUGGAGGAUCUUGAUUCAUGUUUCACAUCCGGAUGAAUUCCACUUUCAAGGUUUAUAUGUUGGUGAAAUUUGCAGGAUGCUUGAACACAGCAUUAGACUGGACUUUUUUUGAUCGAUGCCUCAUAAUCACCAGCUCGCCAAUAUCCGAUAUGGAAGAUGUCUGGUGCAUCUAUGAAAAGUAUUACUAUUUGUUUAAGUGUCUGUUUAAAAAAAUAAAUAUUUAUUUUAAAAAUAA